AUGUCCCAAGCACAGCAACUUGUCGAUGCUGUCCUCGAGUCGCCCACCAAGUGGCUCGCUGUCGCCGGCGCCGUCAGCCUCGUCACAUACACCCUCUACCUAGUCUUCCUGAGCCAAUAUUUCUCCUCGUUCUACAACCUCCCUGGCCCACCAUCCGCACACUGGUUCUGGGGCAACAAGGGCGACGUGUUGAAAGGCAUGAUGAGAUCACAGAUGUUGUGGGGAGACACGUUCGGACGCACAUACCGCACACACUCGCUGUUGGGUAACCUCGAGGCUACCACCUCGGACUUCAAGGCUAUCACGUACGUUCUGGGUCACCCGGAUCUCUUCAUCAAGCCAAAGGGGCCCAACCUCCUGCUCAGCGACGUCUUGGGCAAGGGUCUCGUCACGGUGGAGGGACACACACACCGUCGCCAGCGUCGCGUGUUAAACCCAGCUUUCGGCUGGAUCCAGGUUCAAGGCAUGGCACCGAUGAUCCUCGACAAGGCGCACAUGCUCCGCCGCCGCAUGCAGCGCCUCUUGGAUGACGCACCAGAGCCCGGAGUUCGUCAGAUGGAGAUGAUUCAGCAACUGUCCGACGUCAGCCUCGACAUCAUCGGCGCCGCUGGCUUUGACAUCGAUCUGCAUGCACUUGACGACAAGCCAAGCGUUCUGCGCGAGGCCUACACCAAGACGCAGGUUAUCGGCGGCAAAAUGUCUCCGUUGGUCAUGCUCCACUUGCAGAUGCCAGCUACGCGCAUGGUCACGCCCAACAACCGCAAACGCAUUGUCAAAGCCAGCCGCGCGGCCGCGUCGGUGAUUGUGGCGGAUAGGAAACGCCAACUGGCUGCCGAGGGGACGUCGCUGGAAAAGGCUACUCCGGGCAAGGAUGUGCUGUCGCUGUUGCUCAAGGCCAACAUGGCGUCCGACCUUCGUCAGGACCAACGCCUCACGGACGAGGAAGUUGUGGACCAGAUUGCAACUGUUCUCUUUGCCGGCCACGAAACCACUGCCACCGCCAUGACGUGGUGUCUCUACCUUCUCUCCCUCAACCCCGAUGUCCAAGAUCGUCUGCGAGAGGAGCUCCAAGGUGUUUAUGAAGACGACCCCGACUACGAAACUCUGCACGGCCUGCCCUACCUCGACAAGGUUGUCCACGAGUCUUUGCGUCUCGAGGCUCCGGUUCCGUUCUCCUCACGUGUCGCCACUUCCAGCGCUGUAGUCCCUCUGGACACCCCUGUUAGGGGACGCAACGGCAAGCUUAUCACAGAACUGCAACUUUCCAAGGGCGACCUUAUCGCCAUUCCGAUUGCGUACAUUAACCGAAUGACUGAAACCUGGGGACCUGAUGCGCGCGAGUUCAACCCCGAUCGCUUCGACCGCACAGACAAGAGGGCAAACGUUCCCGGUGUCUGGGGUAACAUCAUGACCUUCCUCGCCGGACCUCACAACUGCAUCGGCCACCGCCUCACCAUUAUCGAGAUGAAGGCUAUGCUGUUUGUCUUCCUGCGCGCCUUUGCCUUUGAGAUCCCCCCCAACAAGCCCGAAAUUGGUCGCACUUGGCUUGUCAUUCAACGCACCAUUGUUGUUGGCGAAGAGGCCAAGGGUCCGCAGAUGCCGCUCGUUGUGCGCGCACUGUGA